UUCUCUCUGUCACUGACUCACUCCCGCCGUCCGAUCUGUUCUCCUCGCUCAGAGAUCAAUUCAGUGAUGGCAUCUUCAGAACAGGAAGUCUCAGCUGCAGCUUGUCCUCCUGCUGCUGAUUUUGUUGGCAAUGCCUUCGUUCACCAGUACUACCUUAUCUUGCAUCAAUCCCCCGAGCUUGUUCAUCAAUUUUACAAGGAUAUUAGUAAGCUUGGUCGUCCUGAAGAAAAUGGGGCCAUGAGCUUUACAACCACUAUGCAAGCAAUCAAUGAGAAGAUACUCUCUCUUCAUUAUUGCGACCUCAGUACAGAAAUCUUAACCGUGGAUGCACAAGAUUCUUUCAAUGGGGGAGUUCUUGUUCUUGUGACUGGGCAUUUGACUGGAAAGGACAGUUUGAGGCGUAAAUUUAGUCAGAGUUUCUUCCUGGCGCCUCAAGACAAAGGCUACUUUGUUCUGAAUGAUGUUUUUAGAUAUGUUGAUGAGGGGAAGCAGGGUUUGGUUAAUGAUGUUGAAACACCUCCUAGUCCUGACCUUGAGCCUUCUUCUGUCGAGCAGAACCAUAUUUCUGAGCCAGCAACUGCAGACCAUAUUUCUGAACCAGCAACUGCAGACCAUAUUUCUGGGCCAGCAACUGCAGACCAUAUUUCUGGGCCAGCAACUGCAGACCAUAUUUCUGAACCAGCAACUGCAGACCAUAUUUCUGAACCAGCAACUGCAGAUCAUAUUUCUGAACCAGCAACUGCAGACCAUAUUUCUGAACCAGCAACUGAGCCAGCAACUGCAGACCAUAUUUCUGAGCCAGCAACUGCAGACCAUAUUUCUGAACCAGCAACUGCAGCGCCAAUUGAUAAAAAAAUAAAAAAGAACAAUAAUCAUUCUCAGUAUUGUUGUACUUAUUGUAACUUCACAAGUAACUUAGAGGGUGGAUGAAUAAGAAUUCAUAUGAACUAUCUAUCCAAAUUAUUAGCAAUUUGAACAAUAAAUGUGAGGGA